UGUCGUGAUUCCAAAGUAACUCUUCAUUUUAAAUUGAACCUUUUUUUCUAUUUAAAAUGUGGGGGAAAACGAAUUAAUACUGUUUAUCCUAAGUGCAAGGUGGAUACAAUCUUGUCAUAAUUUGGAGUAUUUGAGAUAAUGUUACCUACAACGUGUCAUAACCAAGACCUCACUGAUUUUUUUUCUUCUUUAAUAUACUUAAAUAUAAUAUAUACAUGUAAAAAUGAGUUCAUUUGGGUGAAUUAAAGAUGCAGUGUGUUAUGAAUAUGUUGAUGAUCAAGCUGUGUUUCUUUUUGGUCAUUGUUGCCAAAUUAUGCAAUGGGUUCUAUCCUCCAAUUUGUGAACGAAUUGAGUGUCCAAAUUAUGAGUUGAUUGAGUCUGGAAAAGACUAUGAAAUUCGUCUUUAUGAUUCUCCUAUGUGGAUGUCUACUGCACCCAUUGAUGAUAUCUCCAUGUAUUCUGCCUCUAGAACUGGUUUCUUCAGGUUAUUCGAUUACAUUCAAGGGAAGAACAGUUACAAGGAGACGAUAGAGAUGACAGCUCCAGUUCUCACUCAAGUGAAGCCAAGUGAUGGUCCAUUUUGUGCUUCCUCUUUUGUUGUGAGCUUUUAUAUACCAAAGAAGAACCAGCCAAAUCCCCCUCCAGCUAAAGGCCUUCACCUCCAAAAAUGGGGCAAAACAUAUGUCGCGGUCAGGCAAUUUGGUGGAUUUGCGACUGAUGAUAAUGUUCCAAAAGAAGCCGCUGCCCUGAGCGCCAGUAUUGCAGGCACUAAAUGGGCAGCAGCCAUUGAAAAGAGCCAAGCCAAAGAUAAUACUACGAUGUAUACGAAGGCGGCAUACAACUCCCCCUUUGAGUUCAAGAAUAGAGUUAAUGAGAUAUGGUUUACGUUUGAUUUGGACAAAUCAUCUGCCAUUUGAGAGGCUCUUGUUCAAGUACAGAGUUAAUGAGAUAUGUUUUAACUAUCUCAUUUUCUUGCUUUGUAUUUGUAAAGGAUAGUUGAGAAGUCCUAGUAGUUUUGUAUGACCAGAAUGCUACAUUGUAUAUUGCAAAUAAGAUAGGUUGUAUAAUACAAUCUAAUUCUGAGAA